CCAAUCAUUAAUUCACUUGACUCGCGUCUUCUUCGUGUUCGUGGUGAUACGCUGAUCCCCUCCCGAUACUAAACUCACCAACCAAACAUGCUCUCCACACAACCAAAUGACACGUCGCCAUUUUACCGGCCACUCCCGUCGAACCCUCAAUCGCCGGAACACCUCCCCCAGCAAUCUCAAUACGUCGUCGUAUUACCAUACUAUCGCCGCCCCCGCUAUUCGUGCCUCAUCCUCCACCGCCGCCUACUCUGCAUUGCCGCCGUUCUUCCCUUCCUCAUCGCCGCCACCUACAUUCUCUGGCCCUCCGAUCCCUACGUCUCCAUCGUUCGCCUCCGUCUCGAUGGCCUCCAAUUCCAUACACCCCCCAAAAUCUCCAUCGACAUAAAACUCGACCUCACCGUGAAGGUUCGGAACAGAAACUUUUACUCCAUUGAUUAUGAUUCAUUAGCAGUCGCGAUCGGGUACAGGGGGAAUCGCCUAGGGUACGCCACCUCGAACCACGGCUGCGUCAGAGCUCGUGGUAAGUCCUAUGUCAGCGCUACGCUUCAGGUAGAUGGAGUUGAGUUUCUUUCGGACGUGAUUCUGUUGCUGGAUGACCUAGCCAAGGGUUCGGUUCCGUUCGAUACCGUGACUGAGAUAGAUGGGAAACUUGGAGUUUCCUUUUUCGACAUUCCUUUGAAGGCAAAAAUAUCAUGUGAAAUCACUUUAAAUGCACAAAACCAAACAAUUGAUCAUCAAAGCUGCUAUCCUGAGUGAUGGAAUACUGGACACUGCAGAAAAACUUUAUAAACAGAGCUAGGAGAUGAGGUUGUGUUUGCAGAUUGCCAAAUAGGGAGACCAGAGCUGGGUUUUUGUUACUAUAAUCUUGGAUUAUUACCGUCUCUUUCAUGUAUAAUAUUAUACUCUGUAAUGGUUAUGGGGCAAACAUUUUUAUGGAUCUUUAUUAUUAAUUAUCAUACGUACAUAUGUUAGUUGGACACAAGAAAUUGAGCA